AUGUCGAAGUCUGAAGCAGAACCUAAUGAAGACAAUAGCGUACGUUUGUUUGAUAAAAAUUUAUUGCAACUUCAAAUAACCAAUUUUUAUUUUUAUAGAAAUUGGAACAGACAGCCAAACUAGAAUUAGACCAUGGUGAUUCAGAGGAUAGUACUUCAAAAGUUAUUGAAGAUACAGCCGAAAAACCGUCUACAGAAGUUAUGAAUAAUUUGACAGAUACUAAUGAUAUAAAGUAAAUUUCUGUAAUUUACCAUUUUUCAUUAAAAACUUUGUAUAACUAUUUUAACAUAAUAUUCUGCUAUAUUACUUUGGUCACUUAGAUGUCAAACUGAAUCAGAAACAUUAAGAACAAUCCAACCUAUUGAUGUAGCAGCUCAUUUAGCUUUACUCGGCGAAUCAUUAACCAAUAUGGGAGAAAGAUUAAAGAAACAUGAAGUGAGAUAUUAAAUUUACAUGUGUACAUUUAGUUUUGAGUAUCUAAAUAUUAAAUGUUUAUUUUAUGUGUUAAGGGCGAAGUAGAUGUGAACAACAGUUUAUCAGUACUUCUCGAUUCUCUUUUAUGUACCUUGGGACCCUUGCUUUGUCUUACUCAACAGGUUCCAGAAUUAAAUGUAAACUCCCAAGAAACAUUGGAAAAGCUUAUGGAUGAUAUAGCUUAUAUAAUGCCUGGAUUGUAA